AUGUGUGGAAUUGUUGCAAUUCUACGGUCUCUAAUGCCUGAAGCAGAGCUACGUGAAGCUGCAUUAGCUUCUGGUAAGAAAAUUCAACAUCGUGGACCUGAUUGGAAUGGUGUUCGUGUCUUUGGAGACCGUGGAAUCGCUCUCGAACAUGAACGUUUGGCUAUUAUUGAUCCAGAAUCAGGUGCUCAACCACUUGUAAGCAAUGAUCGUACACAGAAGAUUACGUGUUGUGUAAAUGGAGAGAUAUACAAUCAUCAAGAUCUUGCCAAGGGAUUGCGUCAUCCCUAUUCCUUUCUGACAAAAUCCGAUUGUGAAAUUAUCAUUCCAUUGUAUCUCGAAUAUGGUCCCGAAUUUGUUCAUUUACUACGUGGAAUGUUUAGUUUUGUAUUAUAUGACUAUGAAAAAGACUUUUUUCUAGCAGCUAGAGAUCAUAUGGGUAUUACACCAUUGUAUUAUGGCUAUGGAGCCGAUGGAAGUGUCUGGUUUGCAUCGGAAAUGAAAGCACUGGAAGAAAAUUGUGUACGUUUUGAAGUAUUUCCACCUGGUUAUAGUUUUACAAGUGAUACAGAGACAUGUAAACCAUGGUAUACACCAAAUUGGUACAAGGAAAAUCAUAUUGGAAAAACACCAUUGGAUCUUACAGUACUUCGUCAUGCUUUUGAAGCAUCAGUUAAACGUCGGAUGAUGUCAGAUGUACCAUGGGGUGUUUUACUCUCGGGUGGAUUAGAUUCAUCUCUUGUAGCAUCGAUUGCUGUACGAGAGAAGAAAAAACUUGUGGCUCAAGGUGGUGAAUGGAUUAAUAAGAUUCAUUCUUUUACCAUUGGUCUUGAAAACUCACCAGAUCUUAAAGCAGCCAAGGAGGUGGCUGAUUUUCUUGGUACGAUUCAUCACUCGUACACAUACACGAUUCAGGAAGGAUUAGAUGCUAUAUCCGAAGUCAUUAAGCAUUUGGAGACGUACGACGUAACCACGAUCCGGGCAUCCACCCCUAUGUUUCUUAUGUCACGCAAGAUCAAGGCCAUGGGCAUUAAGAUGGUACUUUCAGGCGAAGGCGCUGACGAAGUUUUUGGUGGAUAUUUGUAUUUCCAUAAAGCUCCGAAUGCCGAGGCAUUUCACAAGGAGACGGUCGCCAAGCUUCAGUCGUUGCAUCAAUACGACUGUCUGCGUGCCAACAAGUCGACGAGUGCGUGGGGACUUGAGGCCCGCGUACCGUUCCUAGAUGCCGAUUUCUUGGACAUUGCCAUGAACAUUGACUCGUGCGAGAAGAUGAUUGACGUUAAGGCAAAAAAGCUAGAAAAGUACAUUAUCCGCAAAGCUUUUGAUGACAAGGAGAACCCGUACCUGCCGGAGCACAUUUUGUGGCGUCAGAAAGAGCAAUUUUCGGACGGUGUCGGCUACGGCUGGAUCGACUCGCUUAAGGAUUUGGCAGAGAAGAAGGUCACGGAGCGUCAGAUGAAGCACGCUGAACGACUCUUUCCGUACAAUACGCCGCAAUCCAAGGAAGCCUACUUUUAUCGCAGUAUCUUUCAGCAUCACUUUCACCGCGAGGUGGCCGCCCAUACUGUGCCGGGUGGUCCUAGCAUUGCGUGCAGUACACCAGCGGCUAUCGAAUGGGACGCUGCCUUCAAGAACGCAGCUGAUCCGUCGGGUCGUGCCAUCGCUGGUGUGCACGUGGAUGCCUACAGCGAGUAA